UUACAGAAGACGUAAAUUCACGUUUUACAUAUUGACAAUCAAAUUUUUGAUAAAUCUUCAUAAAUUCUUUUAAAACGCAUCAUUCUAGCAUGUGAUUCACCUGGAACCUUUGAAAGCACCCAUAUCAAUUGACUCAUCAAGAACCGUAACUCGAAGUUGCGAGCAAACAAAUCUCAAGCAGAUUUUGCGCAUAUAUGGAUCAGGAGAAGUAGAGGAGCCCUAUAAUGCAAUGCCGGGAAGGACUACAAAUUUUGGAAGAGAAGCAUUUGCAUCGGUCAAAUGCGGUACCAAUAUGAUUGAGAUAACACUUACAAACACAGAUAUAAAGCCCGAAAGACGUGGUCAGACAAACAACUGGAUUUUCACGCACGCAAAAGGCGUUCGCACAACUCCCCUGGUAUUCGGAAAAACAGUCCUUGUAGAUGAGCAUCCUCCUGCCCCCUUUUGUUUGUCUGUUGCUGCUCCAUUUUGGGUAAGCAUACACCAAGAACAGAUUGACGCAAACGGUGGAGAACGGUUCCGUGAAAGUGUUGAAGUUCGCAGUUGUAAUGGGAGCGAAAUGCCUUGCUAUGAAAUGACACCACUUGCCAAUGAUGCUCAUCCAUUAUUCAAUGAACAUAUUUAUCUUGGAAAAGGAGAAAUGACACCACUUGCCAAUGAUGCUCAUUCAUUAUUCAAUGAACAUAUUUAUCUUGGAAAAGGAGUUAUCCGUGUCGAUCGCAGUGUUGAAAUUCCUCCCGAACGAACGCUACGCGCAUUCUUUUCAAACAACGUCAGCACAACACUGCAACGGCAGUAUCGAGUACAGCUGCCAUGGCGUCAAAUAGAAGGGCAGCCUGAGUCAAGUAUUCCUCGCGCACGACAAAUAACUGAUAUUCAUACAAUCGUCCGCUCUAACCCGUUCAUUCAAGAUAAACCAAACGAGAGAUCUGCUAGAGAGGAGGAAAGCAUUGACGCUGGAUCUGCAUCACAUCUCGAGCGACUGCUAGCCAAUACCAGUCGCAAAACAGCUUUGCAAGACGAACUUCAAGAGUACAGGCAAUCGAAACUUUUGCAAGCAGCACAAGGAAAGAGAAAGGAAAGAGAAGUCUAA